GUUCAGCUCCAUCCCUUGCGCUUCCGCUGGUCCCCAUCAAAUCCAUCUGUUCAACCUCGGCUCGGCUGUGCUGGCGGCCUGGCUGCCAACCCCAACUUCCCUACCCCCAGACACAUAUCCCACAGCUAUCGAGACCCGACUCUGCAUGCAUACGAGAGACCCCCCAAUGCGCCGAAAUCGACAACGCCUCGACUCGGUCCCAGUUGCUCGACCAUUAGGUUGAUCGCUGUCGCUCCCCUGAAAACAAACCCCCUGACCGACGAGCGAGCCCUCGAGAAAGGCCCAUGUCGAUGCCGCCCUCCUUCGCCGAGGCGCAAGCUAGACUUGCUGCCCGCCGACAACAGCGCGAGGCCGAGGCCCAGGCGCGCGAUGCCGCCGCUCUAUCCGCCUCCCGCCUGCGCCGCCACAUCGCCCAGACGAACUCGUCGUCACCAUUGAUACGGGGCAUGGGCGCGUCGGUCCUGUCGUUCUGGGACGCCGCCACGUCGCGCGAGGGCACGCGCCCAUCCUUCCGUGUCGGCCAGGUUGAUGCCGAGCUGCUGGACGAGGAGCUGCUGGGCCUGCUGCGCGGCCAGGUCAACGAGGCGUUGAAAUACCUGGGCGGCGGCGGCGGCACCGCCAGGAUGGGCGACGACUGGGCCCCCGAGAUCCUGCUCGUGCUCCGCGCCGUCCUUUUUAAGCUCACCGUCUGGGACCACGGCGCCACCUACGGCGCGGCGCUUCAGAACCUCAAAUACACGGACGCAAGACAAGACAGCACGCGCCUGUCCCCGCCGUCCAGGCUACAAAAGUCGCUUUAUGGCGCCGUCACAGUCGGUGGAAAGUACCUUUGGACAAAGUGGGAGGACUGGCUCAUAGGGCAGGACAACGGAUACGACGCCCCGGCGCCGAGGAUACAACGGUUCACACGUCUCACCUCGAUGGCCUCCAAUGUCCACGCCGCGGCAGCACUCGCCUCGUUCCUGGCCUUCUUGGUCCAGGGCCGCUAUCGGACCCUGCUCGACCGCCUGCUGCGCAUGAGGCUCGCGCCACUUACCAGCCAGGUCAGCCGCGAGGUCUCGUUCGAAUACCUCAACCGACAGCUCGUCUGGCACGCCAUGACAGAGUUUCUGCUCUUUUUCCUCCCACUGAUCGGCAUAAAGCGCUGGCGCAAAUGGUUCUCGCGGGCCUGGAGGCGCACAAAGGAGGUGGUCACGGCGGGCACGGCCGACGACGGCCAAGGACAGAAGGAGAAGAAGGGAGAGCUCGCGUUCCUGCCCGAGAGGACGUGCGGCAUCUGCUACCACGACCAAAACUCGGGCCAGAACACCGAGAACGAGGUGAUGGCGGCGGCCGCGUCCAGCGGCGUGGUGGGCUCGGCGCAGACGGACGUGACCAACCCCUACGAGACGAUACCCUGUGGCUGCGUCUACUGCUUCGUCUGCCUAGCCACGCGGCUCGAGCGCGAGGAGGGUGAGGGCUGGACGUGCCUGCGCUGCGGCGAGCUCGUCAAGGAGUGCAAGCCCUGGAACGGGGACGUGCUCGAGCCGCCGUCGUCGGCUAGGACCAGGUCCCCGGGCGCCAAGGCGGUCACGUUCGCCGACGACGUCGUGGAUGCCGCGCCCAGCUUGUCCCAGUCCGCGUCCCCGGACCUGCGCAGGCUAGAGCCCGAGGCCAUGGCGGACGGCGAGGCCGAGUCGAGCCAGGUGCUCGUCAACAAUACCGACAGCUCCGGAGAGGACGACUCGGAGGCUUAUGAGGAGGAAGAGGACGAGCUCGGAGAGGACAUGAUGUAAUGAAAUUGCUGUUUUAGUUUUUUCAUGUAUGUGUAUAUAUCCUCUAGCCGGCUGGCGGUCAGCGUCUAUUCUGUGGGGGUGGCGUGAGAUGUGCGCCACGGGCUGUUUUUAAUACUUGAACUUGAUGUUCUUUGUUGUCAUCCUCAACUCCCAAAAUGGCGAUUCAUAGAAUCCAUAAUAUCCUCUACAUAUAUAUAACCAGCGCGGGGCCCUUCCUGCAUGUGACUGGCGGCACAGCACCCU